AUGUCCGACACUACCAAAUCUGCUGAAAAUGUCCAGCAAGUGGAGCGGCCUGAGGUUGCUACAGACCCGAAGCCAAUUGCUGCAGUCGACACGCUUCACCACGACGAAGCGAUGAAAAUUCUCGACAGAUACACAGGCGACCGUGGUUGGGCGGAAACAGAGAAAUCCAAGCUGCGUCAUAAAGUAGACUGGAAACUUAUGCCUGUCCUUUGUCUGACGUACGGUUUACAAUACUACGACAAAGCAAUGCUUUCCCAAGCGGCUCUGUUUGGGCUUAGAACCGAUUUGGACCUCACUGUUAGCGAUAGCUACUCAUGGUCCGCUUGUAUUUUCUACCUCGGUUUUAUUGCUGGCGCCUAUCCUGCUAUGAUCUUAGUACAGAAGAUUCCAGUGGAAAAGGUCGCGUCAGUCAUAGUCACUCUUUGGGGCUUGUGCCUCAUCUUGACUACAUCAUGCUCAGACUACCGUGGCUUGUACGUUCAGCGAUUUUGCCUUGGUUUGCUGGAAUCCGGGAUCUCCCCUAUGUUCAUGUUGAUCGUUGGGAGCUUUUAUAAGAAGAAUGAACAGGCAAUGCGCAUGGGCAUUUGGUACAGUUGCACCGGAUACGUUUCUAUCUUCUCUCCUCUUAUUAACUAUGGAUUCGGCAAGCUUAAUGGAGGCGUCUCUUCUUGGGGAUAUAUGUUUUACUUUGCUAGCUCCCUGACUAUUGCCUGGGGUCUUCUUCUCUACUUCCUCCUGCCUGUCGACCCCAUUAGAGCUAAAGGCUUUAACGAAAGAGAGCGUUGCAUACUUAUUGCCCGCCUCAGGGAGUAA